AUGAAACCAUUCCAACCAAUAUUUUAUUUAACUGCCAUAGUAGCUUUAGGAUCUCGAGUUAUGGCCGUGCCCAUUGACUCAUUAUCUUUGGAGAAUGACGAUGAUGCUACAAAUCGAGAAAAUGAACAAUCAGAAGAUACCAAAUCACCACCCACUUCAAGUCCAGCUUCAGAUGCUGAUAAAGAUUUAGAAACAUCAAACUCAAAUCAAGAACCUACAUAUGUGUUACCCGAACAUCAUUCAUCUGGCACUGCCGGUAGCGGCGGUAACUUCGAUCCCUCCAUAUAUGCCGGCUAUUUGACGCCAGAAGCUUUCCAACAAUAUCUAGCACAAUUUGCCGGAGCUUUCGGUCCCUAUGGCUAUCCUGGCUAUGGUCCUGCCCCCGUCUAUCCUGCUCCAUAUGCAGUACAAACUGGUUAUGAUGGCUUUUUAGUGCCUUCACCAUCCGCUAGCUUGUCAGCUAGUGGCACAGUUUCUUCCACAAGCGGCAACAACUUUUUAACAGCUCUUACCAAUCUCAUUCCCGCUCUUAUGGACUCUGCUAUAUUCCGGGUCAUUGCCACCGUAAUAGGAGCUGUACUAAUGCUGUUCUUUGGUGGUGCUGUCACCACUGCCAUCUGUAAUCUAACACCCCUAUGCGACAUUUCCUUUAAAGCUGUUACUUAUCUGCGAGGAAAUGGUGCCGCGGAUAUGGGUCGUAUGUUGGCCGAAGAAAUGACCCCGGAAAGAGUAAGACGUGCUUCGGAAUUUGUGCGCAGUGCUAUACGUAAAUAUACCGAAAUGCAAAAGGUAAUGGCCACCGAGAAAAAUAUUAAUGAAUGA